UCUUCCCCACACCUCCUCCCUCCCUCUCUCCUCCUACCCAUAAAGAACCUUCCUUCCAUCCUUUUCCUCUUCUUUCACCAUCCAAAUUCCCUUCUCCUUCUUCUCCAUUGCCAUCACAUCUCAAUUAUCUCCCUUCCCUUGCAGCCAAAGCAUCCCUCCUUCCUUCCUCCCCCGCCAUCCUUCCACACUACUCCACCUCCACCACCAACCUCCUCUUCUUCCUCAUCUUCGUUCUCACCAAUCAUCAUUGUUCACCUCACUGUUCAGCUCCUUCAUCAGCUUCUUCUUCUUCGAUUAGACAAUCGAGAAGCAGAGUCAAGAAGGAAGGAAGGAGGAGGAGAUAUGAAGUUAUCUUUGCUUCAUAACCAGGCCAACCGACGCCGGCAUCAGGAAUAUUCCGGCGGAGUAGCUUCCCCGCCCGAAAGCGUCCUUCGCUCCCCCUCCCCUGUCUUCUGGAUCCUGCUCCACGGCCUCUGCUGCGUCAUCAGCCUCGUCCUCGGCUUCCGAGUCUCUCGCCUCGCCUUCUUCCUACUCUUAUACUCGCCUUCCUCCACCACCACCACCACUACCGCUUCUGUUUUCAACUCCGUCUCGGCCACCGCCAUGACGACGACAACCACCACCACGACGACCACCACCACAACCACCGAGAUGGUUGCCCUCUCGCUCGCUUCUCCCCCGCCACCGCCGCCGCCGCCGACGCACGCGACUAGGAGCCGUGUGGGGGUGGGGCGCCACGGGAUCCGCGUCCGGCAGUGGGCGCAUCCGGACUCGGAGGAGACGAUGCGGGCGCACUGGAUCAUCGAGCGCGUUCAGCGGGAGCAGCGGGCGCAGUACGGAGGCGGCGAAGCCGGCAGUACCCGGCGGCCGAUCAUCGUCGUCACGCCCACCUACGUCCGCACCUGCCAAAUGCUCCACCUCACCGGCCUCCUCCACUCCCUCCUCCUCGUCCCCUUCCCCCUCACCUGGGUCGUCGUCGAGGCUGCUGCCCCCGCCACCGCCCGCCCCUCCAACGACACCGCCGAGUUCCUCGCCCGCUCCGGCCUCCCCUUCCUCCGCAUCCCCUUUCCGGAUCCCAUGCCCGAAGACUCGCGCUUCCGGCGCCUCGCCGAGUCCCGCAUGCGCCUGCUCGCCCUCAGAGUGGUGCGUGACCGGAGAAUGGACGGCAUCGUGGUGUUCGCCGACGACAGUAACGUGCACAGCCCGGAGCUUUUCGACGAGGCACAGAAGGUGAAGUGGAUGGGCGCCGUCUCCAUGGGAAUCCUCAUCCACACCGGCCAAUCGCCGGCCGACGAGGCCUACAAUAACAACGCCUCCCCUGUUCCAAUCCAAGGCCCGGCUUGCAACUCCUCCGGCCACUUGGUCGGAUGGCACACCUACAACCCCCUUCCCAACACCGGCGCCGCCUUCAUCGGCGCCGGAAAGACCGUCUCCCCGGCGAAGAUGGAGUGGGCCGGGUUCGUCCUGAACUCGAGGCUGCUAUGGCAGGACGUGUCCGGCGGGAAACCCGCUUGGGUGCGGGAUCUCGACGACGUGGGCAAGGACGGUGAAGACGUCGACAGCCCGCUGGCCCUUCUCGACGACGCCUCCUUCGUCGAGCCGCUCGGCAAUUGCGGCAAGAAGGUGCUGCUCUGGUGGCUCCGCGCCGAGGCCCGCCAUGACAGCAACUUCCCAACAGGAUCUUCGAUCGGGUUUUCGGAAGCUUAGGCCUUGCAUCUUUUGCAUUCAGAUGGAGACUAAAGCCAGUUCAGGAAAAGCACACUAAGUGGAUUGAUGCACCAAGAAGCCAAGAUUCAAGGAACAACAUGCCGUCGUGGAAUCGACAUGUCUCACGGGAUCAUCAGUAGCUCAAAUAUCAUGACUUCAUGUAGUCCAUGAAGUUUAUAUAUAUAUACAAAGCACAUUUGGGUUGGAGAAGUUUAUGACAUUACUUCAUUUUAGAGUUUGAAUGUUAUAAUUUGCUUCUUGUUUUUUUUUUUUUGCCUUGGAGACAAGAAUUGUGGUGUCUCAACUAAGAAUUCUAUGGAAUAUUUCAUUUACUGCACAAAAUUUUUAACAAACUACA